CAGGUAUAUGUACUGAUGGGGAUACGCAGAGUAGUGGAGUGAGCGGAGGCGAGCACGAACAACAGAAAACACCAAGCACUAGUUUGCAACCACAUUUAUUAUCAUAAUAAACGUUUACAAACUACAUCAUCCAUUAAUUGAUAUAAAAUAUGAAGAUAAAGAAAUAUUGCGUCCGGCCAUUUUUAAUGUAAAAAGGAAAGGGAAAAGGCUCGGUGACAGAUGUCAGUGACGUCAAAAAUAUAGUGUUGUCAAUACACAAAAAUAAUGUUUAAGGUAUACAUAGUUAAAGAUAACAUUCUCAAUAUGUACUGUGGUCAACAACUUCGAGCGUGCAGUCUCGUACUUUUACGGCAGUAGACAUGACUUUCAUCUUAUUCAUGUUCAUUUUAAGACCUACACACUGGGAGACUGUUGAGUACCUAUGUAGUUGUCGUUUGAGAGGAGUUUCUGGAAUCCUCCUACAAGACCAAAUAAACUAAAACAAAAGCAUUAUUUCGAGGUUUUAUAUCUAGAUUUUUUUCUUGAAUAGUGCAAGGUUUGUAGGUAGGUACCUACAUAACACUCAAAGUAGUAGGUAUACCUAAAGUACUUAAGUUUUAAUACUUAAGUACUAAAGUAUUAAAUGGCGCCAGUGACCUCAAAUAAAUGAGUGUAAAAUUAUAAAUUACACACUUGAAGAGGGUUAAGUAGUAACUCCUGCGAAGGGUUUCCAUCACUUGUAUAUUUAGACGUCAGUCGCACCUUGAGAUCAGGCAACUGCGACCGACUGCGCGGAAUAUGUAUACUUUACUCGGAUUCGCAGUGUCAGCAGCGGUGCUGGUGGUGGUUCGGAGCGAGCUGUGCCUGCAGGGCGGCUUCGAGUCGCAGCUGCAGCAGGUGCUGGACGCCUACAUGCUGCGGCCACAGCUGGAGUCCUGCAUCAUCACCACCGUGGCGGACGAUGUCUUGCGCACGCUCAGCCCACGCUGGCAAGGAAUAGAGAUGACCCCAUUCGGGUCCCUGGUGACCGGGCUGGGCACACACUCUAGUGACCUGGACUUCAGCGUGACCAUGCCCAACUACAACUCGUCGAGAGACGCCGAGUGGGACAUGUUACACGAGAUCAACGAGCUCGUCAUGAAGCAGCCUGACCUGUAUUCUGAGAUAAACUACUCCACGAGAGCCGAUUUUGCACGUUACUCGUUCAAUCACAGCACGACACACCGAAAAGUUGACCUCAUGUUCAGAAAUGGCGACACUGGGGUACAGAAUAGCAAACUUAUAAAAUACUAUUUCCAUUUAGAUGACAGGUUUCUACCUUUGGGGGGCCUUCUUAAAUUGGCUUUUAAUAUUCAUGAUCUUACCGGUCGGCUAAUGUUAAAAAAUUAUGCUCUGUACUUGUUGGUGAUAUUUUUCUUACAACAAAAGAACAUGGCGCCUACCGGUUUCGAGUUACAAAGAGACGCGGAGAGUUACUACGUGGGCGAGUGGGACACGGGCUUCGACGAGCUGCCCUACAGCAUCAACAACACUGAGAGCGUGUUCCAACUGCUGGGGGGCUUCUUCCAGUACUACAGCCGAUUCGACUUUCAAAAUUAUGUCGUGUCAACUUUUGCCGGACGUCCUAUUCUGAAGGAUGAUUUCAUGAGUAUCGACACCUUUCCUGAAGAAUUUACACUGUAUAAGAACAAUUCGAAACUUGAUCUGCAACUUAAAAUAAAAAAUAACUUGCGGCCAAAAGCAAAUAUAUGCAUCCAGGAUACGUAUGCCCAUGAUAUGAACAACGGAGAAUUGAUAACAGUCGAAGAUACUGAGAGAAUUAAGAAGUUUCUGAAAUCAGCUGCCGCGUGGUUCAAAGACCUACCCGCAGACCGGUUCCUCAGCGCCAUACUGAGUAAACAGCAAGACAGUGACACACAGAGCAGCUCUGAGCAAAACUGCAUCGAGAUACCGGACUCCGGACCUACUGCAACAAUAGAUCUCACAUGUUCAAAGUAAAUGUACCUCUAUCUUGGUUA